AUGCAGAGAUUCUUGCUAGCUGCAUCGUUGAUCCUGAUGGGAGUGUUGGCUGGACCGGGUGGUGGACGAGGAGGCUCACUUCCAUUUUUGCAAGGGCUCUCUCAACAACAAAUGCAACAAUAUUAUCAACUCGAUCAGGCACAAAAUAUUACCAAAGCCCAAAUCGAUCAACAAAUCACCCAGUGGGCGUCAAACAUUGGAGGACAGACAUUGCAACUCUACAAUCAAUUCGAGGCAAAUGUUACUCGAUUCAAGAACCAAGUCAAUCAAAACAGGACUCGAAUCUUGCAACAAUUGCCGACUGUCGUCAAUCGACUCCAAACAUUCUUCGACAAUCAACAGAUCACACCAGCUCAAGAGAGGCAACAAGUUCAAGAAUACUUGCGAUCUUUGAACGAUCCAGCUUUGGCGGGAAUCGCAAUGAAAAUAGCAAUGUUGGGAAAGGAAGGACAUGAUGAACAUAUGGGAGGACCAAAAGGAGGAAUGGGAAUGGGUGGAAUGGGUGGAGGACCACGAGGUGGAAUGGGAGGACCAAUGAUGGGUGGACAAGGCGGACAAGGCGGACAAGGCGGAUUUGGACAGGGUGGAAUGAAUGGAAUGAAUGGAAAUAUGGGCAUGAAUAAUCAAGGCCAAAACUUUGGCAACAACAAU